CAAAGAAGGCGAAGAAAUCCAAUCCCAUCUCGUUCCGCGCUCCACUCACUCUCCUCUUCCUCUCACUCUCCAUUACCAUUUUUCAUAUUCUUCGCUCCUCUUCUCUUCUCUCCGACCUCCUUUUCUCCAUCUUCCUAUGGCCUCCGAUAACCUAUCCACUCUUUCCGGCGCCGACGACGAGAACUACGGAUUCCGUCGUGAGGAGAUGUAUCAGAGCAACCUCGCCGGCACCGUCAGCGCCUAUGAUCGCCACGUAUUUCUCUGCUACAAAACUCCGGAAGACUGGCCCUCGCAUCUCGAAUCAUCUGAUUCCGACGUUCUCCCUAGGCUUCUCUCUGCCGCACUCAAAGCUCGCAAGGAUGAUAUCUCUCUCAAGACGAAGCUGACAAUAUUCUCGGGACGGGAAGAAACUGGAUUUUCGGAUGGAGAUGUGUUGAUUUUCCCCGAAAUGAUCAAAUACAGGGGUUUGAAAGAUUCAGAUGUGGAUGGCUUCGUUGAUGAUGUGCUUGUGAAUGAUAAACCCUGGGCGAGUGGAGCGCCAGAGAUUUUCACAGGCUCUCACGUGUUUGUGUGUGUUCAUGCUAGUCGAGAUCGAAGAUGUGGCGUCUGUGGACCAGUUCUUGUUCAAAAGUUUGAUGAGGAGAUUGGAUUACGAGAAAUGAAGGAUCAGGUUUAUGUUAGUCCAUGUUCACACAUUGGAGGACACAAGUAUGCCGGAAACUUGAUCAUAUACCAACCUGGUGUGGAUGGGAAAACUACUGGUCAUUGGUAUGGAUAUGUAACUCCUGAAGAUGUCUCUGAAUUGUUUGAACGGCACAUUGCAAAGGGCGAGGUUGUAGAAAGGCUUUUGAGAGGGCAAAUGGGCACAAAUCCUGAGGAAGUUCAAAAGGAAGGUGAACGAAAGCUUCCAAAUGGAGAAGAUACAAAGAGAAGCAAGGUUGAAAUUCAAGAAAAUGGCGAUCAAAGCAUAGUGGAAACAUUUACAGGUUGUUCCCAGGGCAGUAAUGGAUUCACUUGUUGCAGAGAUGAAAGUUCAGCGAAAACUAGCAGAAUUGAAGAAAAAUCGAAAGAAAUUUCAGAAGACCAAGUCCCGAAGAUGGGAAGUAAAUUUUCUUGCUGGACAGGAAAAUGGGAACAAAGUGAAAUUCUUGCUGCUGUAGCAGUAAUUGGAGCUGUGGCCACUGUUGCUGUUGCCUACAGCAUCUACAGGAGAUCAGGGUAAAGGUAAAGUAUAAAUUGUGAUAUGUUUGUGUUUGCACAUUAAAAUGUCUGUGCCCUGUUUUUUAGGUGGUAAAUUUGGUGAUAUUGGUAAAAGAUGAAGCACUUUGCUGAAUUAGAAAUAUAGAUAGUAAAUGAUAUUAACAGGAUGGUCCAAGCAUAAACUAGAGUGUCUUCUUCUAGCUCUAUUGCUUCCAAGGAUCAAAAUUAUUUGUUUCUUUCAAUACUCAUACAAAUCAUGAAUAUCAUAUUGUUGGAUGAUUAGUGAUUA